AUGGCGCCGUCCAGCCUGCUGAAGGCGGAGGCCGACGAGGAGGAGGCGACGAAGCGCGACAAGCGACGGACAACAGGUGGGGGCGGCGGGGACAAGGGAGAAGAAAAGCGGAAGAACGGGAGCAGAAAGAACAAACAUCUCCAGGAGAAGCGCGAGAAAGACCGCAAGGAGUCGCGGGACGCCAAGGAGGCGACGCGGGGGAAGGACGGCGGGGAGGGGGAGAAGAAGGAGAAGGCCAAGAAGGUGAAGGAUGAGAAAGGGAAGAAACCUUGCGAGAGUGGAAGCUCAGAAAAGCCUUCAGAGACGCAGAGAGAAAGAGACACAGACAAGAAUCGCGGCAAGAGAAAGGAGGACAAGAGACACAGACACGGUGCCAGUGCGAGACUCGUGGGUGGCGAGGGCGAGGACGUACACAUUGAGGAACGUCGCGGAGAGAAGGACGAGGAAGAACGCGGGAAGAAGGCGCAGAAAGACACUCGAGGAGAGGGAAUCAAACGUCACACAAAAGAGAGGAGCGACAGACAUAGUCGCACGGAGAAGCGAAAGCGAUGCAGGUCUCGGGACAGAUCGAAGGAGAGAAAGAGCUCGCGAGGAAGGCAUCACGAAAGAAAGGACAAGAAACGAGGAGACAACAACCGCUCCGAGUCUCGCCGAUCCCACUCUCGGACGCUUUCUCGGCCCUCCUCGGCACCCAGUCGAAGCUCCAGUCGUGAAACGGAGGGACCGGAGACGGCUAGGCGAGACUCCGGGCGCCUUGCCUCCCAGACUGUGGAAAGAGCGGAGAAGAGAGAGAAGCGCGGAAGAUCUGGGUCAGUUCGCAGUGGCAGUCGCGACAGCGCGUCUCCCUCCAGAGAAGGGGAGAAGGUCGAGAGAAGCCGGACUGAAUCUCCCGAGAGAGCCGACAAACAGCGAAGAGACAGCCGGAAGAAGGAGGACUGCGAGCGCCGAGGCCGCAGCCGCCACCAUCGCCACAGGCACCACCGGCGAGACGACAAGGAGCGAGGGAAGAAGAAGAGAAAAAGAGGGUCUUCGAGUGACAGGUCUGCCUCGCGUUCGUCUUCUGCGUCCCAUAAGAGAGACAAAUCCCACCGCCGGAGAAAGCACCGGCGCGACCGGAAAAGGAGACAUCGCGACCGAAGAAGUCCUUCGGACUCGUCUCGAAGCUCUUCAUCGCGAAGCGACGCUUCACGACGGUCCUCGCAGGCGAGUGCGACGAAGCGAGAAGGAGACCUGAGCUCUCAAUCCAGCUCAGCGGUGCAUCUCUCCGCGUCGCCGACGAGCGUGAUUGUGCCCGCGUCAGGAGACAACUCUGGAGCUCCCUACACUGUUCCGUUCUCCUACCUCUCCCUCCUCGCGUCUUCUCUCCGGUCGCAGCAAGCCGCAGCGAAAGAGACCGCGCAGGCUGAACCUUCCGCGACUGGCGCAAACGCAACUGCCCCCCCAGCUGCUUCCGUGGCGAAACCGAUUUUAGGUGGAAUCCCGCCGCCUCCUCCGACGCCUCCUCCUCCGCAUGUCGUCGCCGCUGCCGCUGCUGCAUCGGCCUCUGCUUCCUGCUCCUCCACUGCUGCUGCGGCGUCUGCAUCAGGUGCACCGACGAGUUCUCUGUCUCUGGAGGAACAGUUGGCGGCGGUGAAGAAGGAAAUCGAGGAAGAACAUGCGAGGCGAACGCAGGAACAGCAGAAAGAGUUGGACAUGGCUCUCGAGAAGCGGCCGGAGACGCCUCUGGCUGUGGAGGUCUCGAAGGAAAGCGAAGCUCCUGAGCCGCAAGAAGCAAGCAAGGAGAUGCCUGAGAACUCCCCGAAUCCCGACGAGAACUACAACGCAGACGAGCGCCUCGGAGACGCGAUUGGCCAGCUGGAGGAUCAAGAAGUAGUGAUCGCCUUCGCAGGACCCACUGCGGAUGUUCACGACCCUGCGUCUUUGCCUCUGCCAGUGGCGGACGUCGUCGGGAGCGAACGUGUGCUGCACUCCGCCAUCUUGGGCAACCUCCUUUUCCUGGGCUUCAAGCGCCUCAUGCCGGUCCAGAGACACUCGAUUCCGAUUGGAUGCGCUGGGUAUGACAUCUGCGGCUCUGCCUCCACAGGAAGCGGCAAGACACUUGCCUUCUUGGUUCCCAUGGCAUCGAGACUCCUCAAAAUGUCGCCUAUCAACAGGCCUUUCUUCCCUGGGCCGCAUGCACAGGCUUCGCCGACUGGCCUCAUUCUCGUUCCAACUCGCGAGUUGGCACUUCAAAUCGGGGAGGAUAUUGUUCGGGUCUGUCGAGGCACAGGCCUGACGCACAUUCUCCUCAUCGGCGGCAUGCCUCAGAAAGAUCAGGUAGACCAUAUCAACAGACAGCAGAUCGACAUCGCCGUAUGUACACCUGGACGGCUGGUGGACAUGUGCGACUUGUGCAAAGUUUCUUUGAGUUUUGUGGCAACUCUCGUUCUCGACGAGGCAGACGUGAUGCUGAACAUGGGCUUCCGAUCUGUGAUUAUGUCUCUCUUGAAGGAACGAGACCUGCCGGACUCGCGACAGACGAUGCUGUUUUCCGCGACGUAUCCAGCAGACCUGAUGGAUCUCCUCCCGAUGGUUUUCAAGCCGGCGUACGUACGGCUGUCUGUGGGUCCUGCCAACGAUGCUGUACCUGGUGCGAUGAACACAGCAGCGAAGAAUAGCAUGGUGACGCAGAUUGUGAAGCAUGUGGAGGAGCCCCUGAAGGCAGCAGCGCUGCGUGCAGACUUGGAGGAGUUUUUAUCUGCGAACAACAGCCAGGCGAUCGUCUUUGUCCGCAGCAAGCGAGCGAUCCACCCGACCGCCCACACGAUUCGUCUCGCAGGCAUCCAGACUGAAGUCCUGACCGGCAAUCGAACGCAACCGGAGCGACAGCAGGUAUUCCGCAACUUCCGUGACGGCCGCUUCCCCGUCCUCGUCGCUACGUCGGUCGCCGCGAGAGGCCUGGACUUCCCCAAUGUCGGCCUCGUCAUCAACGUCGACAUGCCGCAGGAAAUGGAGCACUAUGUGCACCGGAUCGGACGAACGGGGCGCGCAGGCCGCCCAGGCGUCGCGAUCAGCUACAUGAACUGGAACGACAAGAAACUCGCGCCUGCGAUGAUCCAUAUCCUGAAGCAACACGACUCAGAAAUUCCUGCUUUCCUCCAAGACAUGGCCAACGACUUCUGAGCCUCCUCCCCAACUGCAUGCACGCCAUUUCAUUCUUAGGCUCUCUUGCGUUCGGACCUCUUUGCUGGGGCGCCGGGCGAGUCUCAGUGGGGUGUCUCGAGAGCUUCGAUUUGGAGAGGAACGGAAGGCGAUGUCUCCGUGUUUUUCUGCUUCCGAAGCGGUUUUCUCUGACGUCGAUUGUCCUUCGUCUUCAAAGACUCAUUCCGAUCGUCUGGCACCUGAGGUUUCCGCGGGGGAGAGGAGAGGCACAAGCGAGAGAGGCUCACGCGAGGAGGGUCGGGCGCAGAGAGACAAGAAAACACAAAGGGAGAAGAAAAAGGGAGAAGAAGGAAAAACAGUCUUGCACGUUUCGUCUUGCUCUUGCGAAGCUGGGAUUCGGAAAUCAAAGACUCUGAGAACUUCCGAUUCGUGGAAGGGACCCGCCUUCUCAGUUUUCCGGUAUCAACGAA